CUCUUCUCCCCUGCUUAUCCCCUUCUUCUCUUCUUCUCUUCUUCCUCUCUCUCUCUCAGUCUCUCUCUCUCGCUCUCUGGCUGUGCCAUCUCUCCGGCGACCAUGGCCUUGUCCUCAGCUCUCAAGCUCACAUCGAUGGUGGAUGGCUGCCUCAGCUCCCUUCCCACCAUUUCUUUCACUUCCAACACGUCCUGUUUUCCCUUACUCUUACUUCCAUCCAAACGGCCCGGAUUCCAUCCUCUCUCCUGCUCUUCACGACGGAGCCUUCCAUUCGUAUCUCUCGUUGCCCAGACCUCCAGCUGGGCUCAACCAAAGGAGGAGGAGGAGAAGGAGGAGGGGGCUUUGUCCGGGUUGUCUGAUUGGGAAGGAGAGGAUGUAGGUGGACUCUUCGCAGAAGGAGAGCCUGAAGGGGAUGAUGGGUAUAUGGGGGAGGAACAUGAGGUUGAGGGUGAAGAUGAGGGUGAGGAUGAGGAGCAGUCUUAUCCGCCCCCGCCGGCGGAUGCCAAGCUGUUUGUCGGAAACCUCCCUUAUGAUGUUGAAAGCGAGCAGCUUGCCCAGCUUUUUGAACAGGCUGGAGUUGUUGAGGUCUCUGAGGUUAUUUUCAAUAGGAAAACAGAUCAAAGCCUUGGCUUUGGGUUUGUCACAAUGAGCACUGUUCACGAAGCUAAGAGAGCAGUGGAGAUGUUCCACCGCUAUGAUUAUAACGGCAGGCUUUUGACUGUAAACAAGGCAGCUCCCCGAGGAUCCCGACCAGUUCAAAUUCGAGAUUACGAACCUACUUUCCGGCUAUAUGUGGGAAAUCUACCAUGGCAAGUGGAUGGUCAACGCCUGAAAGAAGUAUUUGGUGAACAUGGUAAUGUGAUCGAUGCAAAAGUUGUUAGCGACAGGGAGACAGGAAGGUCACGAGGAUUUGGCUUCGUCACAAUGGGAUCAAAAGAAGAACUAGAUGGUGCGAUUGCUGCUCUUGACGGAGGGAGCUUGGAUGGGCGAACAAUUAGAGUGAGCGUCGCGGAGGAAAGACCGCGACGGUUUUCAUACUGAGUUAGUGAACUACAUUGUUCAAUGCGGUUUCUCUGUAUCCACGCUGCUUCGGCAUGAAAUGAAUAAUGUUCUUCUCGUUUAGUUUAGUUUAGUUUGCUGGGUAAUGUUGUAGAAGCAUUUUGCUUUGUUUUGUUUGUUUAUUGUUGAGGUUUGCUUAAAGAGUUAGACAUUUGCUUCAUGUCUAAAUGUUGUGUUGCUUCUCUCA